CUUAGUCGGCUUGGCUAUAAUUAAAAAAAUCGCAACAGUCUUAAUUGUUGCAAAGGUGCGCGCGCGUUCAGUUUGUGAUACGUUGAGGAAAUUAAAAGAAAAUAACAAUAAUAAUUCAAUCGAAUUUGUUUUGUUUACUCUGCCACUACAAACUCAUAAAUAAAUAAAUGCGAUGCGUUGCCGCGCGCUCAAGGAGUUAAAUAACAACAAUCAAUAUUUGCACAACAAAUAAGCAAUGAGAGCGCCGCCCUGCUAGGCAAUGAAUAAAGUAUCUACUCGUACAAGAUACAAAAUCGUAGUAGAGAUGCGUAUGGCAUGAAUUAACACGAAUGCGUUAAUACAAUUAGUUGAAAAGUGAAAAAAACCUCAUAUACAUAAAAUUGUUGAGAAAAAUAUAUACGUAUAGCAGCGUAGCUGACAAAAAGCUAUACAGAAUAUUUGCAACUUUACACUCGGCCACGGUUUUCAGUCGCGAAAUGAAGCUGCUACCUAUCUGAGCUGGACAGCACGCGUAUUUCUACUAUUAUUUCGAAUAUUAAUAAAAAGCCUUUACACAACAUGCCCGACUUGCUGAAGGCGCUCAAUUUGACCAGCACUUUGUUUGCGGACCUUGAUGAUGCAGAUGCCAUCAGUAAUAGUAACAAUAACAAUAACAGCGGCAGCGGCAGCGGCAGCAUCAUCAGUAGCAACAACACAUUCACAAUAUUGGGCAGCGGCCUUGUGGGCGACAACUUAAAUGCCUCCAGCCUCAAUGCCACAAUUGCCAAUGCAACGGCCAGCAGUGCAGAGAAAUUGGAUCUGAGCAAUUUCGACUUGCCCAGCAAUUAUUCUGUGCUGAUUAAUAAACUGGAACAGCUGGCUCUGGGCCUGGACUCGGCACUCGGCAACAUAACCAUCGAUCGCCAGGAGGUGGAGAUCAACUUGGGCGGCACUGUAGCGGCCAGCGAUGUGGCUGAUGUGGCAGACGAUUUGCUCUUCAAAGAUGUCAUUACGGCUCCACGUGCUCCUCCGCCUCGCGUUGCGCAUGGAUCGCGCAUUUAUAGAGGCGACGAUGGCGACGAUUACGCCCAUGUUGUGAGCGAUAUUUGGAUUGGCGUCAUACUCACACUCCUCAUUGUGUUCGUCAUAUUCUUCAUAUGUGCGUGCUUUUUGUAUCAUAAGUUUCAGCAGUGGAAGCAUUCAUAUCGCGCUAAUCACAAUGAGCCCACUAUCGAGAUUUGUCGUCGCUGUCCUCCCGACUAUGAAGUAGAAUCCUUGCCCUCAUAUACGAUAGUCUCCGGGCUGCCCACCUAUGAUGAUGCAUUGGAGGAAUUCCGAAAGGCCGGCAUCAUACUCACACCCGCUGUUGUGCCCGUCAUCAAGAUAUUUGAAAGCGCCAACGAUAAUGGCUCUAAGGAGCCGGCGGUGGCUUACACACUGGUGGAAACGGGCAACGGUCCCAGUGCGGAUAAUGCCGACAAUAUUUCCCUGAACUCCGUCAGCUGCAGUUGCGGCGGCGGUGGCGGUGGCGGCGGAAAUUCGCCCACAAAUCCCCUGCCCACUUACAGUGCUGCCACAACGGCGGUUGCAGUUGCCGCCGCCGGCGCACCACACACCUCGCAAGUCAUCGAGCUAUCGCCCGAGCACUUGGCCGCACUCUCCCAGAAACGCCUCUCGCUGCAGAUCUCAUUCAAUAAUUCGGUGCGGCGCACUGAACGCUCCGGCGCCACACUGCGCAACCACUUGCUGCGGUCCCGUGCUGUCGGUAAUACUGCGGGCCUGGGACCCGUUCCGACUGGGAACGCCGCUCGGGACAGCCAGGCGCUGCCAUCCAUUCAUCGCUCAUCCUCGACGGUGUCGCUGUCGCUGACCAACGAGGGCCAGUUGCUGGAUCAACGUUUGCGGCAUCUGCAUCAUCGGGGCUCCUUGUAUUGAGUGCAAGCUGCGAGCCGAAAAGCAUCAAAAUAAACACAAUUAUAUAUUAAAUUGUUAGCGAUAAGUGAAAAUAAACACACUGUUAUCUUACGUUAAAUAAAGCGUUUAUUCAAGUUUUUAAUUGCA